AUGGAUUGUUGGUCCUCUUCUCAGCCUAUGGACGAUGAAUUCGAGAAGCUUGUCAUUCGAAUGAAUCCUCCCAGAGUCACUGUGGAUAGCAAUUCCAAUAGAACAACCACUGUGAUUAAGGUUGAUAGUGCAAAUAAGCGUGGGAGCUUGUUGGAAGUGGUACAGGUUCUUACUGAUAUGAAUCUUAUUGUAAGAAGAGCUUACAUUUCCUCUGAUGGGGAAUGGUUCAUGGAUGUCUUUUAUGUUACGGAUCAAAAUGGGAGAAAGUCUCUUCCUGAUGAUGUAGCUGACCGUAUUCAACAGUCACUGGGUCCAAGAGCCCGUAGUUUCCGGUCAUUGAGAAGAUCUGUUGGGGUUCAAGCAGCAGCAGAACAUACAACCAUUGAAUUAACUGGAAGAGACAGGCCAGGAUUGCUUUCAGAAGUUUUUGCUGUUCUUGCAGAUCUCAAAUGCAAUGUGGUAGCAGCAGAAGUCUGGACACACAAUUCAAGAAUGGCAUCGGUUGUUUACAUCACUGAUGAGGCAACAGGGUUGUCAAUAGACAAUCCUGAUCGCCUUGCUAACAUUAAGCAGCUUCUACUGUAUGUGCUGAAAGGAGACAUAGAUAAGAAGAGUGCCAACACUGCUGUUUCUGUUGGUUCUACUCACAAGGAAAGGAGGCUGCAUCAAUUGAUGUAUGCUGAUCGUGAUUAUGACAUAUAUGAUGGGGAUUAUGGAUCAACAAGUGAAAGGAACAAGCUCCUUGUAACUGUUGAUGAUUGCACGGAUAAGGGAUACACCGUUGUGAACUUAAGGUGUCCAGACCGACCAAAGUUACUAUUUGAUACUGUGUGCACACUCACAGACAUGCAAUAUGUUGUGUACCAUGGAACUGUCAUUGCUGAAGGACCAGAGGCAUAUCAGGAAUAUUACAUAAGGCAUGUGGAUGGAUGUCCUAUCAGUUCUGAAGCAGAAAGGCAAAGAGUGAUUCACUGCUUGGAGGCUGCUAUAAGGAGAAGAACUUCUGAGGGCAUAAAGCUAGAACUCUGUGGUGAAGAUAGGGUUGGCCUUCUGUCCGAUGUAACUCGCAUUUUUAGAGAAAAUGGUCUUUCUGUCAACCGUGCUGAGGUUACAACCCGGGGUUCCCAAGCCAUGAAUGUUUUUUAUGUGACUGAUGUAGCUGGAAAUCCAGUUAAGAGUGAAACAAUUGAGGCAGUUCGAAAAGAAAUUGGCUUGACUAUACUGCAUGUAAAAGAUGAUGGCUGCUCAAAAUCUCCAUCCCAGGAGAGUGGAAAAUUCUCUCUGUGUAAUCUCUUUCGAUCAAGCUCUGAGAAGUUUCUUUACAACUUGGGUCUGAUGAAGUCUUGAACAUAGUGCAUUUCCAUAAUUAGGAGCCAUCUAUAAUGUUCUAAUUUGUAAAUAGUAGCUUAGUUUUGCCUACAAU